AUGACAACUAUAUCAAAUAAAUGGCAUACCACACUGACUGAUAGAAUUUAUCAUCCAAUUAUAAAUUUUAAACAUUCUAUAUAUGGACAAUUCAAUGUGCAAAAACAAAACCUGUUUAUUUGGAUCAUCAAUCUUUGGCUAGUUAGUUGGUUAAACAGACAACUUCAAAGUAUAAUGAUUAAUAUCAUUAAAACUGGUAGAGUACCAGAACAUAUCUCGUUCAUCAUGGAUGGUAAUAGAACUUAUGCAAAAAAUCUAAAUAUGCCAAUUAAAAAAGGACAUGAAGCGGGAGGUAUCACUUUAUUAUCCUUGGUCUAUGCUUGUAAGAGAAUGGGAGUUAGAUGCGUUUCCGCAUAUGCUUUCUCAAUAGAAAACUUCAAUAGACCAAAAGACGAAGUAGAUACUUUGAAUAAUCUGUUUGCCGAUAAAUUAGAUGAAUUCGCUAUAAGAGCUAAGGAUUUCCAAGAUCCUCUAUAUGGGGCAAAGAUUAAAAUUGUCGGUGACGCUACAAUGAUAGGCGACGAAAUGAAGAGAAGAAUUAAAAGAGUAGAAAAGAUUACUCAAGAUGGUGAAGAUUUUAUUUUAUAUAUAUGCUAUCCUUAUACUUCACGAAAUGAUAUAUACCAUGCAGUCCAAAGAUCUGUUGAACAAACUUUAAACAAUGAAAUUUCAAAAGAUGAAAUUACCAUUAAACAUUUCACUGAAAACAUGUAUUUAGAAAGUUUUUCAAAUAGAUGUGAUCUUUUAGUCAGAACUAGUGGUCAUAAAAGAUUGUCAGAUUAUAUGUUAUGGCAAACUCACGAAAAUGCUACUAUAGAUUUCCAUUCAGGUUUAUGGCCAGAUUUUACUUUCAUCAAAUUAUACUUAAAAUUAAUAAAAUUAUCCCUUUACAUGACAGUUCAAAAUUAUUAUGAAACAACUUUCUUAUCUUCAGAGCAAGUUCUAAGGAAGAAAGCAGAAUAUUAUAAUAAAUGGAGAGGUAAUAUUAACUUAAGUUCAUUACCUGAACCACCCCCAACCAUUUCAAUCGUUGGUAGAAAAUCUUAA